GGCAGGUGCUGAUUUCAGCCCUGUAGCGUCAGGAUUGCGUCAAUUUGGGUUUCAACCACGUCUACAAUCUAAGAGCGGAGCUACUCAGAAAAGCUAAAACAGGAACGGGGGUGGCAGAUCACAGUGUGAGGGAGAGCUGAGCUCCCUCUCUGCUUCCUCAUCCCCCACCCCCACCUUGCUCCCGCUACAAGGUCUCCUGGGCUUCAUAUUGGUGCUUGCAUCAGGAAGGAAAAUCCAGCCUCUUGGUUCUAAGAGGAAAACAGCCGCUUUCAUAGUGAGGCAAACCAAGGAUUGUUAUUCAGUACCUCGGACAGAGCACGCAGCAAACAUGGCUCCUAUCACCUCAAGCAGAGAGGAAUUUGAUGAAAUUCCGACUGUUGUGGGGAUCUUUAGUGCAUUUGGUCUGGUGUUCACAGUAUCUCUCUUUGCUUGGAUCUGCUGUCAGAGAAAAUCAUCCAAGACUAACAAGACUCCUCCCUAUAAAUUUGUGCAUGUGCUCAAGGGAGUUGACAUUUAUCCAGAAAACCUGAACAGUAAGAAGAAAUUUGGAGCAGAUGAAAAAAAUGAAGCAAAAAAUAAACCAGUUAUGCCAAAGACCUCACUACAUCUUGACCUUGAAAAGAGAGACCUCAAUGGCAAUUUCCCCAAAGCAAACUCCAAAGCUGUCAGCCCUUCUGAUCUUGAGAACUUAACUACUAAAUCCUUCUCAGAAAGGGAACACAAAGAGUCUACUUCCCCAGACAGCUUGAAGUCUAGUUCAUCCUUAUGUUCUGUAGAGAAACCGGAUAAACUUGGCACCCUCUUCUUUUCCUUAGAGUACAACUUUGAGAAAAAAGCAUUCGUAGUGAACAUCAAAGAAGCUCGUGGCCUGCCGGCUAUGGAUGAACAAUCAAUGACUUCUGAUCCCUAUAUCAAAAUGACAAUUCUUCCUGAGAAGAAGCACAAAGUAAAAACUCGAGUCUUAAGAAAGACCUUAGACCCAGCUUUUGAUGAAACCUUCACUUUUUAUGGGAUCCCUUAUAGCCAAAUACAAGAUUUGGUCCUUCAUUUCAUCAUCUUGAGUUUUGACAGAUUUUCAAGAGAUGAUAUCAUUGGAGAAGUCCUUAUUCCCCUCUCAGGCAUUGAAUUGGCUGAUGGAAGAAUGUUAAUGAACAGAGAGAUCAUCAAAAGAAAUGUUAGGAAGUCUUCAGGACGAGGUGAGCUACUGAUCUCUCUUUGCUACCAGUCCACAACCAACACUCUCACUGUGGUAGUUCUAAAAGCUCGACACCUACCUAAAGCAGAUGUCUCUGGAUUAUCAGAUCCUUAUGUCAAAGUUAAUCUUUAUCAUGCAAAAAAGAGAAUCUCCAAGAAGAAAACACAUGUGAAGAAAUGCACCCCUAAUGCAGUAUUCAAUGAAUUAUUUGUCUUUGACAUUCCUUGUGAAGGUCUUGAGGAGAUCAGUGUAGAAUUCCUGGUUUUGGAUUCUGACAGGGGAUCAAGGAAUGAAGUCAUUGGGCGAUUAGUCCUUGGUGCAUCAGCAGAAGGAACAGGUGGAGAGCACUGGAAGGAGAUAUGUGAAUAUCCUAGGAGACAAAUUGCCAAAUGGCAUAUGCUUUGUGAUGGUUAGCAUCCUACCAGUGAAUUGGAACUUAAUGAUUUUCCAGAGGCAAGGAGUCAUUUUCUUUCUUUGUUAAAUGUGAUUACAAGCUUUGACAGAAAGAUACCAUUUUUGUUAGCACUAGUUUGAAUUAGCAGAUCAGGAGCUAAUUGUAAAAUUUUAUCAUUCAUUUUAUUUUCCUUCAUUAGAGAAAUUUGAUACAAUUUCAUAAGAGAUUCAACUUCCCUAGAGUGGUAGAUAUUAUCAAAAUGCAAAUUUCAGUAAGAACAGUCAAGUCUUUCAUAAAUAUAUCAUUACAUUCCUAGCUGGUAGUUGUGGUUUGAAAGUGAAGACCUCCUCUACAUAUGUCAGUAGAUUUCAUUCUCUCUCUUGAGACAUUAAUGUUUAAUAUACGUCUCUCUGAGUUCUCUUGUGAAAAUGCAUUCAUUUUUCUAAAAGUUGGAAAAAUCCAUUAUUUGAUCAAUCCAAAGACUUUCAAGAAAUAUUUACAAGUUUGAUUUAUCAUUUGUGUCAUGUAUAAAUAGUUGCUUUUGUAUAAAAUUGUGUAUACUCAUUUAUUCGAACUUUGAAACUUCUAGAUAUCAUUUUUUCUCACAAAGAAAUUAACUGACAUACAUUCUAAAAAUCAGUUAAUAAGCUUAAGCACUUAGUUUUGGAAAAGGGCUCAAGUGGGAUCCUGUUUUAUUUUUCUUGUCCUUUUAUUAAAAAAAAAAGUAUAUAAGAGUAUCUUAGGCUGAAAAGAUCUUAACCAUAAAAGGGACAUUGAAAAACAUUUUGUUCAAGCCCUUCAUUUUACAGAUAAAGAAAUUAAAGUUCAGAGUUGGCCAAUUGCUUCCUCAAGAUAAUAGAAUAUAAAAUAUAAACAGAAAAAAUGUAAAAAAACUCCUAUUAAAUUUUCUACCAUUUUGUCAAAGGAACACACAUACACACACACACACACACACACACACA